CCUGCCGGCUGCGCGGAUGGGGGCUGCGGGAGGCGGGCUCCGGCUCUGCGGUGAGCCCGGCCGAAGGGGUGUGCGGAAGCUGCUGGAAGACUGCUGCGAUCCUGGGCAGCUGUUUGCUAUGACAAAACAGAACUCCCCAAUGGGAAAGAACCUCUGGUUUGAUGGGGAAUUUUUGUAUUCUUUCACCAUUGACAAUACAACUUACUCGCUAUUUCCACAGGCUACACCCCUCCAGCUGCCACUGAAGAAAUGCUCUGUGGUGGGAAACGGUGGGAUUCUCAAAAAGAGCGGCUGCGGAAAACAAAUAGAUCAAGCGGAUUUUGUCAUGCGGUGCAACCUUCCUCCUCUAUCCAGAGAAUACAGCAAGGACGUUGGAUUGAAAACCCAGCUGGUGACUGCAAAUCCCAGUAUAAUUCAGAAAAGAUUCCAGAAUCUGCUUUGGUCUCGAAAAGCUUUUGUGGACAGCGUGAAGGUGUAUAAUCACAGCUACAUCUAUAUGCCGGCCUUCUCAAUGAAGACGGGGACGGGCCCCUCCCUACGUGUCUAUUACACCCUGAAGGACUUCGGUGCCAAGCAGGCGGUGCUUUUCGCCAACCCCAAUUUCCUGCGUGACAUUGGCAAGUUCUGGAAGAACAAAGGUAUCCAUGCCAAACGACUUUCCACAGGACUUUUCCUAGUCAGUGCUGCCCUUGGUCUCUGUGAAGAAGUAACAAUUUAUGGCUUCUGGCCGUUCUCAGUGGACCUGCAUGGGAAGUUUAUUAGCCAUCAUUACUAUGACAAUGUCUUGCCCGAUUCUGGAUUCCAUGCCAUGCCGGAGGAAUUUCUACAGCUCUGGUUCCUUCAUAAGAGUGGUGUACUGAGAAUGCAGCUAGAACAGUGUGAGGACCCUUUAACCCAGUCUUCUGCCUAAGGAUCGUAGCAGUUGGUUUGGGAGAUCCACUAGUUUUUAAUUUCCAUGCUCUCCUACAGAGAGUUCUGAUUUUCUGUUGAUUCUUUUUAAAGGGAAAAUAAUCAUGGAUCUGCAUGGACCGUAAAAAUGCUACUUGAAAGCCAAAUGGAAUAUGUCCUUAAUGUAUGUUUUAUGGAACUGGGGUGGGGAGAAACAAACCUCUCCAUCAAGUCCAUUCAGCAGUAAUGUGAAAAUAACGUCAGAAGCAACUCAAAUGAACUUUCUGAGUGACGUUUUUAAAUGACCGAUGUAAAAAGGGCAUUAAGGCUCAGAGAGAAAUGUGGCCACCCACAAGCUUUUGCUGACAGUGCCAAAUAUGACUGUCUGUUCAAAAAUCCAUUUCAUUCCAGGUUGACACCUCAUAUAGCUUCCUUUUUUUUUUUCUUUUGUUUUUUUUUUCCUUCCUGUGUGUGUGUUUGUAUGUAGUGGUAAGGGGUAUAGAGGAAAGUGUGCGUGUUCUUGACUUCCUUUCUUUCUUUCUUUCUUUCUUUCUUUUUUAUUUGUUUGUUUUCCAAUGGAAGAAAGGAGGAAGGUGUGAAAGCCUGAGGAGCUGAGUACCAUCAACUCCUAAGACUUGCGAAUGUGAAGGGUGCUAAGAAUCUGGUAGAAGAAUGUAUUGGGAAUGUCCUGCUACUGAGUAUGGGUGGACCUACCUGUUGUAGGUUUUGUCAGGAUAGUUUGGUCAUUGCACUUAUAUCUAUAUUAAUGGUACCUUAUUGGCAACAGCUGGUUAAGGUAAAUUGGCUUGAAGAUAAAAGUUGUGGUACAAAAACAAAAGUGAAAUACGACCAGGUUUCUGAUUGCUGACCUGCUACAAGACAUCCACAGUGACUUUGGUAGCAGGGUUUGUUCCUUACUAGUUGUGCUGUUUGGCCUUUGGGAGUAGUUCCGUAUGCAUUCAGACUCCAGAUGUUCAGUGACUAUCAAGGGGAUUUGAGGUGUUCAGUGAAAUGCAGAAUGAGAUUCUUCAUGUGCUUAUAACAGAAAAACCGCAGAAAUGAAUGUAAGUGUCAUUUAAAAUUAUUUGAAACUUUGAAAAUCCUUUCUUUUUGUGCUACUAGCUCUUCUUUUGGGAUUGUAACAUUAGCCUUAAAGACUUCUACUUCUCUUGCAAGAUUGUCUCUGGUUAAAGAGAGUCUGAAAAGUAAAACAGCCUUUGGGAGCACUGAAAAACAACAUAGCCAGCAAGAAACAAACAAACAAACAAACAAACAAACAAAAAAACCACCCAGAAAAGGCAGGCACUUACGUAAUGCAGCCUUUCUCCUUGCAAUCAGAGAAUUAUGUAAGUGUGCAUAUUGCACUCCGGCUGCUCUGGUCAGUGCAGUGCCUAAAGGACUGUUUUAUUUUUGGGUAUUACUUGGACAGCAGAUGAUCCUAUUGCCAUGUAAAUGGGAAAUCUUUUUGUUUGCUUUGUUUUUAACACUGUAGGACAGGAAGAGAAUGCCUACUUGGUCCGUAGUGCAAUUUCAGCUGCAGGAUGUUAUCACUGCUAACUUUAUAAUCCAAAAUAAUGUUCUCUUUCUUCUACUUCUGUCAUUAGUAGCUGAAAUUCUAGUCAAAAUAUUGAAACAACAAAACUGUCAUCAGGUUUCCACAACAAUUUCCUGUGCUACCUGUUUUAGCUCCAAAGUGCUAGUAUUUUGGGGGAUGUGUCCUAUCGUAUGUUGGCAACCUCUCUCUUUGUAGACUACAAGUUGCAAGUUAUAUAGAUAUAAUUAAAAAAAAAAAAAAAAAGCAACACCCCUGGCUCUUCUUUAAAUAUGAAUAAUUCAACUAUCUAUGUAAGACAUUGAAAAAAAGCCUUAUUUUGCUUCUUAAACGUGUUUUGGAAUAAAAUCUUCUUCCUAAAUAUGGGUAUUCCAAACAUACAGUGGGCAUUGUUCCUUAGGACUACAGUGUAGCUCUAAAUUGCAAAGGGGAGAUUUGGAUUAAAUGCUGUUUUAGAGAUUGUUCUGAUAAAAUCUGAAUGUGCUUCUACAACCCAUUUUAUGUCUGUCCAUAUGCUUUUUUGAAGUACAAUCAACACACCGAUGGAAUAUCACUGAUAGUUCAUUCACUUGGAUUAUAUUUUAUCUAUGAUGUGGGUACUCAGUAAGGAAGGAUUUUCUUUACUGCUCAUUAGGACAAAUUUUUACUGAGCUGCCUUUUUUGAAAACAGGUGCCUGUAUGGGUUUUAUGAGAUGUAUGAAGUUUUGCACUUUUUAGUUAUUAAAAGAAGAUGCUACAUGUGAGAACAGCAGUCAAAAUAUUAUGUGCUAAGAUGACACUUCAGAAGGAUGCCAGCAUUUCCUAGGGGUGUGGGGGAAUUAGGAGAGUAGGGGAGAACUGCCUUUGCACUGGUCAUUUUUGUCAUUUGUACCAGCAGUUGAGAACUCAGUUCUGAACUUCUCUGAUGACUCUCCAACACCCUGGAAAUCCCUUCUCUCACAUUCUGGGAAAAUGAUCUCAGUAGAAGAAGAGCAAAAUGAGUAUUUUCACAGGAAACCUCACUGCAGUAUUUCAUAACAACUGGCUUGCUUGUGUUCAGUUAGUGCCCUGUGUACCUAGGAGUAUUGUAUUCCCCAUCUCUGUAAGGCUGAAGCUGACUGAAUCUGUAGCUUGUGGUCUUCGUGUGUCCCUUUUGAUGUCUGCAAUCCUGAGACUUGCAAGGAGAUGGUUUUCAAAAAAUGAUGGGGUUUGAAGAGACUCAAGCUGUCUGUGAUAAGUGUGGCUAAUGUUGGAAAUGGUCUGUUCACAUCCACUUGUAGUGAAUAUAACUGCAUCUUGCAAUGGCAACCACAUUUGAUAGGGAAGUAAAGGCUUUGGGGAUAAAUAAUUUUCUAUAACUUCUAGAAAACUAGUAGCUUAGGAAAGAAGAGAAACAAAAAUGAAUUCCCCUUUUGAGAGAGCAAGUCUACAAUGGGAGCUCAACAGAAACCUGUUUUAGUUGGCUGACUUGGCACUCCACACAGGCACACUGGCCAAGAAGCAACUUUUUGCCCUACAAUUGAAGAAGGAUGCGGGAGGGUUCUGUAAGUAUUUUGUGGCAAGAGCAGUCACAGAGAAAAUGAUAAUCAGUUGGGAAUCUGAGAAUGGCAACUGCCUGACAAGAAUCUUGGAGUUAAUCCAUUAUCCAUUAAUACAUAAUCCAUUCUUUCUGCUACUUAGUGUGAAACUUACCUGGUACAAGUUCAGGGGAAGUCAGACCCAUGUAUUGGAUUCUUGGUAUGAAAUGUGGAGUUACAUGUAAGGGUUUAAAGUUGUAUCACUUUUGAAGAGGAAGGAUACACCAGGGGAUAGGUGUGGUCAGAUCCAGGAGGAUAACUUAAGCAUUAACAGAGAAAUCAGCUUCUCGGAGUAAGCAAACUUUGGGCGGAACGACUAUGUCCAUUCCGCAUUUACCUGGGUGGUUAAUUUCUGUCCGUUGAUAGUAGUGUCCUUAGAUUUCAUUGCUUGUGUUGCUGUGUUUUCCUUGAAGUGAAUAGAAAUCUUAAGGUCUGUUAGUGAAAUUCUUUGCUCUAGCUUUUCUAUUUCUACUGCCAGCCCCUGAGUUUCUCCAGUAGUGAGGUUAAAGCUAAACAAGCCUGCUCCAGGUUGAAAGCUACAGCAAUUCAUCCUCACUAAAAACUAGUUCAGACUUGCCAAAUGAUUUGUUAAUAUUCUUAGUUGUUAAUAUUUUCAUAGAGUUGCCAAGAUACAAAAACGCUGAAAUCACUGCUCUGUGGAGGAUGCCACCUGAUUAUAAACACAAUGAAUCAAAUCCCUUUACAGGAGCUGUGCAUGGAAGAUAUUUGGCACUGAAAUCAGUCUAGGUAUAAUCUUUUCAGGUGCUUAAAUGUUUUUGGGGACUCUAAGGCCAAUGUAUGAACUUGUGCUAAAACUGUGUAAAAUUCCUCCUUUCUGUCAGUUAUUAAUCUUUUGAAGCUCAUUCUAAAGCAAGCAAUAGGAAGAGAAGCUGGCAAAUUAAAAUCAUAAGAGUAUAUUUGCUCAUGAGAAUAAAAACAUUUUUAAAUUUGACACAGACCUUGCCAUAGUUCUAAGGACUCUCCUUCAUGAGUGCUGUACUUUUAUCUUUUUGCUGACAUGAAGAUUAUCGUUUGGAAUGAACUAGCCACAGAAGUCAAAGAUCCAAGCCUCUGUUGCAGCUUAAUUUUUAUAGAAUGUAGAAAUAUUGGCUUUUUUUAUCAACCUCAGUACUUUCACCUUUUUGUUAGCUUCAUCAGAAUGAUGUCAUAGCAUAUGCUGCUGAGUUUGCAUCUCUUUGGAAGCUGAAGCUAAGCAAGACAUCUGCUGUUUUAAACUGAAUCUCUGAACUGUGGUAGUUGCACAAAACAAUUCCUUCAUGCAUAUUUAUGAAAACUGGUUUAAUAUCUGGUUCACCCUAUCGUGAAAUUGACAAUGAGAACAGGAGUGAGGAAGUAUGUAAUCUAGAAGUGGGGAUGAUGAAGGAGAAAAAUGCUAACUCACCUUUUGCUACCUGCUUUUGUUCUUCAUCUCGAUAGAUUAAUAAGCACUGGAACAAGUCCAGGUUAUACAAAGGACAGGCAGUUCCCAAAAAGCUGGAUGAUGAUGGAAAAAAUGAAGAUCAAAUCAGUGGUGUAAUAAAUUGGACUGUCGAAAUUCUGGAUAAAGACUGGCCGUUCUAAGCAACUGUAGGACAUUUUCUUCUGACAGUGACUGAAAAAAGGACUAUCAUCUGUGAUGUAAGGUUUUCUGCAGGAUGGCAGCAAAGCAGAAUGUGAUGGCAGCUAUUGCCACGAGGCAGAGAACUGAUUAAACAGAAAUGGAAGUACAGCAGAACAAAGAGAGAUGAUGAAAAAUCCAUCUUUCCCUUCUCUACUUCCAUUUACUCAGAAACAGAAGUAUAAUAGACUUACAAACUAUUGUUCUAAGUCACCACCUCCUUAUUGAAAGGAUACUGUGAGAUUUAGUGGUGGGUUAUUAGAGUUAGGGUAGUAUGGUUAGGUUGUGGUUAGACUUGAUCUUUAAGGUCUUUUCCAACCUGAGCUAUUUUAUGUUUCUAUAUCUGUUAGCUGAUGUUUCCUACUAAAAAAAAAGUCAGCAGACCUUCUCCAGAAGUGCCUGGUCCUCUGCUUCCUAGCUGACUGAUGGGUUCUCUGGGGACACUUCUGGUAUGAAGUGUCUUCUGGUAGUACACUACCAGAAGUACAUUUCUGGUAGACCUCCCUAAUGAGAUCUGCUCCUAAUAUCACAUAGUCCCUCCACUUGGGAUCAUCUGGGCUUUUUUUUUUUUAUGCCCCAAGAAGUCAUCGUAACAUCCCUUUGCCAUCUUCCUGAUGAUCAUCCUCCUUGGGUUUUGAAGGGUGAUUUAAAAAAUCAGUCAUGAAGUAGAUAAUACACUUUGUAAUUUUCAACAAUCUUUUCUUCAAAAGUAACUGAUAAAUCCAAGAAAAAUUAGCUGUAAGUUGAAAAUAUGACUUCACUUAGUAAUUGAUAAAUCAAUCACUGGAGAAAUAAAAGAGGAUGGCAGAAGGCUGUAUCUUUCAUAAUUAUUGUUGUAGAAUGACUUCUACUUCCUUGAAUUCCCAGCCUUUAUCACUUGGAAUCUAUAAGGUGUUUGAUUAUUUGGUAGUUUUUGAAUGAAACAAUUACUGAAUGACCUAGUGGCCUGCUAAUUAAAUAUUAGGAAAUUCAUUUUCCUGAAGGAAAUACAAAUAACCUAUUCUCUACCUGAUAUUUCUUCAGCAGCAAUGAGAAGUUAAACAGUUAGUCUUCACUGAUUAAUCAUUUUCUUCACUUUUUAUUACAGCAGGAUGAGCCCUGGUGUAUUCAGCCUCUUUAUCUUAGUGUGCAUACUUAAAAUGAAUCUAUCUUAAAAAAAAAAAAAAAAGUAAAAAAAAAAAAUUGUUCCUAUUUCAAAGUGAUUAUGUAGCUUCUCUUUGCAAUCAGGAGAGAGAUGGGCACCUCCUGAUGGCAGUUCUUGAUUUUUCUGAGUAGGAACUGCAUUCUUGUAGGUCCUUGAAGGACUGAAAACACCACAGCUGUGUUUGUAAGGUGGUGAAAAGUUUGCAGUUUGCUUGUGAGCAUAUUGCCAUGGCUUUGUUGCCACUGCCAUGGCUCAGUGACUCACUCCCCAUAGUUCACAUAGACAACACUGCCCUGAGCAGUUCAGCUGUGCCAAGCUCAGCAAACCGUGGCAUUCAGCAAGUAUUCCUCACCUGUGUGAAGUCAGCAGGCAUGGGCAGGACAGAACUGGCUAUCACCCAUCUCUGAGACUGGGCAGCUACUGUGUGGCUCCCUGUAGAACUGCCCUGGGCACAAUCAAGCAAGUGCCACUGUAGAGCAGUCCUGAGAUACGGCAAGGUUAUCACUCUCUUCCUUCACAGCCAGAAUGCUGGACUUUCCAAAAAUAGUGGCAGACUAUCUAUUGCUUUGGAGACCAACCCACUUCUCACCCUAAAACACUUUUGAUUGCUGGCAGGUCUCAGAAGCAUCUAUUAAAACUGCAUCUUAAAAUGAUCUCCAUCUAUUCUAUGCACUGGUUGCGUUGGUCAACUGUUGAGAUGAGUAUUUAUCCCAUCUUGGUCCCUCUAAGGCAAGCAGCACUCAAAUCACCUUGAAUUUGCUGUGUUAUUUAGUGUUUUCACCUUUCAAGUUAAAUAUUUUUUUUCUUUUAGCCUAGACAUAACUAUUGUGAGUGAACCCAAAGGCAGCAUAAGAAAACGUCGCCACAAAUAGUUGUUCUCUGGGUUUAGGUUUAAGCCACUGCUCAAUAAAACAUGAAAGUAAUGUACAUUCAAUGAAUUGUUUCGCUUAGCUAGGGCCCAUGGCAAACAUGUGUUGCAUCAUUUUCUGCUUAUUGGAAAUGAACAAUUACAGAGGCAUAACGUAUUUUAAACUACAUUCUUAACAAGAAGCUAGCAAAAAUCCAUAUUCCAUGAGAAGCUUAGUUUUUGUUUGAUUACCUCGGUAGUAAAGCAAACAUUUUCACUGAAAAGAGGUGCAAAGAGAAACAAAGUUUUUGAUUGGAAAAAUGUCCUCUGGAGGACUUAGGCUCAGAUUUAAGGCUCUCUGGAGGGUCUCAAGACCAGGAUCUCACUGUGCUGCUGUAGGGCCAAAAUGAGCAUUGAAUUGAGGUGAACCAAGCCCUUACAUCAUCACACUGUUGCAAGACAGACUGGACAGUAUGUUGAAGACAUUUUCUUUGAGUGUGAGACUUCUAUGCGUGAGGAGCACACUGAAAGGUGAACAUCUGAUGAUGGGUAAGGCAAGGACUUCCAAAAAACCUGUUUUUAAAAUGUAUAUUGUAGACUAAAUGCUCACUGAGCCAAUAUUGUAUUAGAUCAGUGUUCAGUGCUCUUGAAAUUCCUACCCCACGAGCAUUUCCAGAAAAACAUCCAUGCAUAGGCAGAAGUACUGCUUUUUUGCUUUGUUUCUGCUCUGCACCUUGCAUCGAAAAUGGAAUAAAGCCUCGAUCAGAACUCUUAUUUACCCUGUUUAGAGGUGUAUGUAAACCGCCCAGAUAACAUAUAGGCACACAGUCAAGUAGAUAUAAAACGAAGCAGAUAACAGGUUGAAGUUUAUAACUCAAACACUGAUAUCUUUAAGAACUACUUUAAAAUAACUUACUUGGUGAAAAUAAUCACAUAUUGAAGGAUCACAUAAAGGAUCUCAUUUUUUUCUAAAAUAGAUACACCAAUAACUGAAGAAGCAGUUUUCAAGUUAUUCAGCACUUUUAGCUUUUUUACUCGAGUCCGUGCUUCUGCAAAGCUUCCAAUUUUAGGCCACUUUCAUUUCUGUCAAAAUGAAAUAAAUAAAAAACCCCACCAAACUGAGAGCAGUGGUUUAGAUCUUCUGGAGUCUGUCUGUUACUGUUUCUGUACUGGCAUUUAGCAGUGGCAUCUAAAGAACCAGAUGAAGAUCAGAAAGGAGAUAAGCAAAGUAACACAGUUUUUUUGAUAGAGAAAAAAGAGAUACUCGCCUAUGUUUCAAUGCUUUGCUGAACUGGGACCUGAAGUUAUUAACAGAUGUAAGUUCUUUGCUCUCACGCUUCUCAGCUCCUCCAUUCUUGUGGUACUUGGGAGAAACCUGCCAAGUCCACAAGUUGUUUCAAUCCUUCUCUGCACUAUGUGAGUAUGGUGAACUUUCUUCUUGGUACUCAGUCUGGAAGUAUGGAAACACAACACAGAGCACGUCAGGUUUAUUAAUGCUGAAUGUGACCAAGCUUGCAUGCAGUAUUUCAUGUCUUUCCAGUACUAAUUACUGCAUUAACUCUGAAGUACAGCGGAGACUUUCUUAUUUCUGAUGCCAUUUAUAGGGUGUUUGAUGUCUUUCUUCCUGCUGUGAUUGCUCUCUCGGGUGAAUAGAGACUAUACUCAGCUUGCUCACUGAGAAAGAGGUGCUGUGAGAGUUCGUUACCUCACAUUUGGAAAGUAAGGGUAGAGAUUUAAGCAAUUGCAAAGCUUUAUCUCUUUUGAACAGCGAAGGCAAGCAAGUAAACAUACAUAUUUGUUUGACUGAAUUUAUGCUUCCAGGUUAAAACUCACCCUCAUGGUUAGCGAGUACACCAAGGACAUUCCCUUCAGAUAAUGCAUAGCUUGUAGAAAGUUCAAACUCAUAAAUUUUAAUGAGAAUAAUAGGUUUUCUUCUGUCUGCCCAAAUCUCCAAUCUAUAAACCAAAUUCUCUGCUCUCUUCUACCAUUCUGACUCUGGACAAAUCAAUAGAAUUGCACAGAUUUUAAUCAGCUGCCUGUUCUCAAACCUGAGGGAAUUCAUCCUAUGAAAAUUUUAAAUUGGGCUAUUUCAAAGUGAAUCCAGGCGAUGCUGCCUACUUACAGGGGCCUAUUCUGUAAGCUAUGGGAUUUCUUCCCACAAGUGAAGAUCAUGGAUGUUUUCUGCUGUUCCUUGGUUGCUGUUGUGAGGCCACUAUCUUUCUGCAUUUCAAACUUCUGCUGCUGCCUACUGAGGCAUCAUGAUCUGAAAUCAAAUCAUGAUUUAAGUCAUGUCCUAUAUGAGGAAUUGUUGCAGCAAGUUGCAGAGAAGUGAUUCAUGUACUGCACUGUCUGCCAAGUAUAUUUUGUGAGGCGGAUGGAAAUGAAAAAAGGAUUUUGCUGUAGUGUGAAACCUCUCCAUUGACCGCCUGUAUCUGAGAAUUGGAUGUUCUCAAGUGAUUUAUGCUCCAUGAUGGAUCUGAAGACUGCUAAUGUUUCCACUCAUUGUCAAAUCAUUUUUUUAGACUUUAAUAAUGCAAUGAGAUGAUCUUCUCCCCCCCGCUAUUCAAAUGCAAUUUUUCUUUUCUGACAAUUCUUGAAGGGAAAAAUUUUUCUACUGGCAAUUUAUAUUGCAGGCUCAGCUCUAGUCUCAGAUAUCAGUUGUCUUAAGAUGUUGAAAUGUUGGUUCUUCUGUUUUCUCCCUGUGUAGUGCACAACGCCCUCUUUUCAUAACACCACAUAUGAUGACUGACAACAAAGUCUCAGUGAAUUAUUUUCCCUUUCAAACAUUAAAACUCUGAAAAUUCCUCUGGCUUUUGUGCAACACCUUCUGACUGCAGGUGUCCAGGUAUUAGACUAAAUUACCUGCAGCCAAACCUUGAAUCUUUGCAUUCAUCUUUGUGCACUCAAAUCAGCCAUCAGUAAAAUACAAAUUCAUUUCCAAAAUAGAUUUCAACCUCAGUGUAGAAUGAGGAAUCUUUAACAAAUGCUCAUAGUAAUGGUCUGCUACCAUUAAGGUGAAAUAAUACUUUUUAUUUUCAUUGCCUUCAGUAUGUUCUACCUAAACAAAUGUCACUAUCUCAAAUGAGGUAUAAAUAGCCGUAGUCAAUAUGUCUGUUUGUCUUUAUGGUUUCUGUGCAUUCAUUCUUUUCCAUUGACAUUCCUUAUUUUGUAUUUGUUUGUUUGCAUCUCUGUGACUAUUUUGCAGAUUCUCAUGGGAGUCAUAGAAACAUAGAAUGACUUGGGUUGGAAGGGACAUCAAGGAUCAUCAAGUUCCAAUCCACCUGCCACUAGGUCAAGUAGUAGAUCAGAUUGGACAGGGCCCCAUCCAACCUGGCUUUUGACACCACCAAGGUUGGGGCAUUCACAGCCCCUCUGGGCAACUUGUGUAUAUCAUGUACAUAAUAUAAUCCUAUCCUAUAAUAUAAUCCUAAAUAAGUAGAACACCCAUCUAAGGCAUAUCCUUUCAGAGAGAACUUUGGUAUUUUCUCACCUGGGAAUUAGCAUAGGCCUUCUGUGCAUCCAAUAUCAGAAUUAGUACUAAGUGUAAUGUACAGCAAUUGCACUUCGCAAGGUUUCUGUUCCUCUGGAGUCUUACCAGCAGUCUGCAUUUUAAAUGCAGAGGAUUUUGCUCUCUUCUUGAGUGUUCUGGUCAGAAAGAAAAGCACCAAUCCUGGUGCUAGUGUUUGGGCUCUCUUAGAAGCAGAAGCAAUUUCAACUGCUGUAGUAACCUGAUAGCAGUGCUGCCCUUCUUCUUAUGUUGUGGAAAGGAAAGUGGUGCAAAGCAUUCUCGUGCCAUCUUUUAGCCCUUUACAGGUUACCUACUUUUUAAAUUAUUCUUAUUAUUAAUGUACUCAAGGACAAAAAUGGAUAUCUAAGAAAUAGAUGAAAUCUUACAGAGAUGACAGAGAAAUUCCAUUCUUACAUGUAAAUUUCAGGACUUCUAAGCUGCUGUAUUUCCUAUGCACACAACUCACUCUGCUUUAACAUGUGCUACUGCUGGUUCCAUCUGGCUGUCUCUGAAAGCUCAAGAGAAAAGCAAACACAGAUACGAAGGAAAUUAAAGGUGCCUCACUGUGAUAUUUUUAUAGAGUGGUAUGUUGCUUUGAUAAUGAACUGUGAAACAUAGCAUGCAGAUGCUGAUGAAUGUAAAUGACUGCAUGUGUUCUUCUUUUAAUGUUGAGUCCAUGAGGUGGAUUAUUAGUAUAAGCUCUGUAUUGUAAAAAAACACUGAAAAGAGAAGUGAAGUGGAAAGAAGAUACUUCUAGUGAUUCGUAGUAAACCACAUCUUCUACCUGUCUUUUCAUGACCAACCUCUGAUUCUGGUAAUGUAGGCUUUGCAGGUUCGAUGGUAAUAAACAAACUUACAAGAGGAAUAGCUCUCUUCCUGAAGUCCAGUAUGCCUCCUUCCAGCACUGUAAGGGGGUACCUGUCCGCAUUUCCGUCAGAUGAGACCUAUUCCCAGGCUUGGGUUGGCAAGGCUGUAUUGGUGGGGAGAUCAGUGAGACUCACGCUUGGUGCGUGUUUCCUGCCCACUUAGUUCAGUUAUCUGUUGGUUGCCACUCUGAUGAAUAAAUGACUGUGGUUUGGCGUGUAGCUGCAAGGCUCCUGCCCCCACCUUCUUGUCACUCCAUCUGCACACUUCAGAUCUUCCACUUUGUAUCUGAUCCACUUGUGGGCCUGGCUCUGGGGGCAGCCUGCUUGCCAGAGCAAGCCCUCCUCUGGGUGGAGUGCUCAGGCAAAGUAAUGCUUGCACCAGUGGAAAAAUAAAGCUGACUUUGAAAUACCACACAUGUAUUUCUGGUAGGAGCUCAGUGGUUUAAACAAGCUGACCUGUGGUUUGUAGUAAUGCUGGCAUACAGGAGCACAGGCAGGAAAGACCCAUGGUGUCUCCUGGCUUCUAGGGACUGGGCAGAUUUUGUUCUCUCGUACAAGACUGAUGUCAGCUGGUGAUGGCAUCAUUUCACAAAGAGCAAUGGGAUGUGGGACUGUAGUGUUAGCUGGUGAAUUUUGCCCUUGUGUUAUGCUAGUAAUUUGAUUUGCAUCUUUCCUAUCUUGACAAGUUUAUAGAAAAAAAAGUGAUGAUAAUGUGGUAGUUCAGUGUCUUGAGAUGGUUUUAAAGUAGAUAAGCAAAUUGUUAUGCCUCUGAGGUUGCGUAAUUCCGUGGAUUUGUCUUACCUCCAGUGACUGACAUGUAAUAUUAAUCAUUUGAGAUCUAUGUAAGCUUUACAGGCUGGAAGUUGUGUCAAAAUGACAUGAGCACGUGGGUAAACAUCCUGAAUCACCAUCGUUCUGGCAUGCUCGGGGGCAGAGGUACUUGUGUAGAGUGUUUUAAACAUCACAAAGUGUGUUGUUGUUUAGAGUAUUGUGGUUAGGGCUUCCGUCUAAUUGUCCCCAAUGUAGCAAAUGUUCGCUGAUGGCUAACACUGUUACAAGGACUGAAGGGUUGAGUUUCUUUGCCUGGCAAUAAUGUAUUUUCUAUUAUGUCAAGAGUCUGUUCAUUUUCAAGUAGUGCUCUGUGCUCCUUUGAAGAAUCUUAUUUUUUUCAAGUGGUUUCAUCGUGAAUGUACCCCAAAAUGUCUAGAUGUCUUUCAAUAGCAAAGAUUGCUUUGUUAUUGAGUGUAUUAUUUAUUAAUAGUACAUUGUUGUCAUUUUCUAGUCAUAUUUUACAGAAUAUGCCAUUAGCAUCUCAUGUGAUUUUUUAUAAGGAAAGUCUUAUUUAUAAUAUUCAUGCAAGUGGACAGAAACAAAUCUCAAUUUUAUAGUAGUCCAUGCCUUUUUUUUCAUAGCUGAAGCAUUUUAAUGAACACGACUGAAAGGGACAGGCUCACUGUUUUCAUUUUGAUGGAACUUUACAUAGGUAACUGUUAUGUUAUUUAUAAUUUGAUUUUACUGAUCUUAACAAAUAAAUAUCUCCAUUUUAUGAAAUGAAAA